AGGUCACCACAACCAGCGUCUCCCUGCCGCAAACUCCCUGCGCUAGAGCUCGUCACAUUUCUUUCUGCGCUUGCGCCGCCUCUAUUUCAGAUAACAUACAGAAAAUCAACAGCCCUCUUCUCCUUUUACAUUUCUCUGGUCAUUAAGUAGAAGGGCUGAAUCUUAUGGCAUCCUCUUUGGUUUCUCCUUCCCCAACUUCUUCCUUCAUCAGCAACAAGAAAGAUUUGGGCUUCUCUGCUUUUCCUUCGACAUCUCAAGUUGCUAUUCGCAAAUGGAAGAAACAAGUUUCCAAGAAAAUCGUCUCAGUCAUGGCACCCCAGCAAUCAGAGCGUAAACCAGCCACCACCGGCUCUGUGAAGACUGGAAUGACAAUGACAGAGAAGAUUCUUGCCAGGGCCUCUGAGAAACCACAGUUGAGCCCAGGUGAUAAUGUUUGGGUUAAUGUUGAUAUUCUGAUGACACACGAUGUUUGUGGCCCGGGUUCCAUUGGUAUCUUUAAGAAAGAAUUUGGUGAAAAUGCUAAGGUUUGGGACCGUGAAAAGAUUGUUAUUAUACCUGACCAUUAUAUAUUCACAAGUGAUGAACGUGCAAAUCGUAAUGUGGAUAUUUUGAGGGAUUUUUGCAUGGAGGAAAAUAUCAAGUAUUUUUAUGAUAUUAAAGAUCUUAGCAAUUUUAAGGCUAACCCUGAUUAUAAAGGUGUAUGCCAUGUUGCACUUGCCCAAGAAGGUCACUGCAGGCCUGGGGAGGUUUUGUUAGGGACAGAUUCUCACACCUGUACUGCUGGAGCAUUUGGUCAAUUUGCUACAGGAAUAGGAAAUACAGAUGCAGGCUUUGUCUUGGGCACUGGGAAGCUUCUGCUCAAGGUGCCACCGACUUUGAGAUUUGUGAUGGAUGGUGAAAUGCCUCACUAUUUGCUUGCAAAGGAUUUGAUUUUACAGAUCAUUGGUGAAAUAUCUGUAGCUGGUGCAACAUAUAAAUCCAUGGAGUUUGUUGGAACAACUGUUGAAAGUUUAAAUAUGGAAGAACGUAUGACAUUAUGCAAUAUGGUUGUUGAAGCUGGUGGAAAGAAUGGUGUUGUUCCUCCCGAUAGCACUACAUUUAAGUACCUUGAGGAUAAAACAUCUGUGCCAUAUGAACCAGUUUAUAGUGAUGCACAAGCAAGUUUUCUUUCUGAGUACAGAUUUGAUAUCUCAAAAUUGGAGCCCUUGGUGGCUAAGCCACAUUCUCCUGAUAAUCGUGCUUUGGCAAGAGAAUGCAAAGAUGUUAAAAUUGACAGAGUGUAUAUUGGAUCUUGUACUGGUGGAAAAACAGAAGAUUUUCUUGCUGCUGCUAAAGUCUUUCUAGCUUCAGGUAAGAAGGUCAAAGUUCCCACAUUCCUUGUCCCUGCUACACAAAAGGUUUGGGUGGACAUAUAUACUCUCCCUGUACCAGGAUCUGGUGGGAAGACGUGCUCCCAGAUAUUUGAAGAAGCUGGCUGUGAUACACCUGCAAGCCCUAGCUGUGGUGCUUGUUUGGGUGGCCCUAAAGACACAUAUGCACGCAUGAAUGAACCUAAGGUAUGUGUCUCCACAACAAACAGGAACUUCCCUGGUCGGAUGGGACACAAGGAAGGCCAGAUAUAUCUUGCUUCCCCAUAUACAGCAGCUGCAUCAGCCUUGACUGGUUAUGUCACUGAUCCAAGGGAGUUUUUGCAAUAGAGACUUUGAGUAACUUGUAUAACUUUAAUGUAUAACAGGAGAGAAAAUGGAGAUUUAGUGUUGGGUACUAUUGUGCUAAUGCUGUAAGAUUUUGUUUAGUACCUCCUUUCUUCAUUUUUGGUGUAUUUAUGCCAGAAAUACAAAAUUGGAACAUCUCUUUCUUAAGCUUGAAUAAUAAUGUUGUUAUUUGGUAGCA